GUUAAGAAGGCAGUCGGUAACUUUGUAAAGAGGUUUGACUCGGAGUGCGGCAGCUGCUAGAGUCUAUCAAGAGGGAAAAGUGUCUUUGAACAUGGUGCAGCAGACAGAGCACAGCGAGACGGAGAGUGGCGUGUCGCGAGAGACCACAGACACAGAGGAGAGCGAAAUGAUGGCGUGCAGCCCUGUGCCACCGAAACCGGACUGGUGCAAGACAGCCACCGGCCACAUCAAACGACCCAUGAAUGCGUUUAUGGUGUUCCAAAUCGAGAGGAGAAAAAUCAUGGAGCAGUCUCCAGACAUGCACAACGCAGAGAUCUCCAAAAGGCUGGGGAAGCGGUGGAAAAUGCUGAAGGACAGCGAAAAGAUUCCCUUUAUCCGCGAAGCCGAGCGGCUCCGGCUCCAACACAUGGCCGACUACCCCGACUACAAAUACAGACCCAAGAAAAAACCAAAGCUCGACAGCUCGUCAAAACCAGCAGUGCAGUCGCCGGAGAAGAUCAGCAAAAGUGUCAAAGCAGCCGCAGGGAAGAAGUGCGCCAAACUCAAGCCCAGCAAACCGGGGAACAUUACCGCGAGAGCAUCCACACAAGACUGCAGAUUCAACUAUGUUUUCACAAACUUAAAAGUGACCAAGUCUAUCAAAAGGGAACUUACUGACGACGAAGACGACGACGACGAUGAUGACGACGACGACGAGGAGGACGACUACGAGGACGAGGAGCACAUCAGGCUGCACAACGUCCCCGCGAGCCCCACGCUGAGCUCCGCCGCGGAGUCCGAGCAUGGCGCGAGCAUGUACGAGGAGUCCCGGCACACGAGCGCGACUCCCGGCAGCAGACUGUUUUACAACUUCAAGAACAUUACCAAGCAGAGCGCAGCUUACCCUGCCUCGGUGUCACCAGCAUCUUCUUUCAGGUCAGUCUCCUCUUCGUCAAGCAGCUCCAGCGAGGACUCCGACGACUUGCUGGUGGACUUCAGUUUGAACUUAGCGGCGGGCUCUCACACCGCGGACUUGGGGAACACUUCAGGAAACCUUUGCCUCUCUCUGGUGGAUAAAGAUUUGGACUCGUUCAGCGAGGGCAGCCUCGGUUCUCACUUCGAGUUCCCGGACUAUUGCACUCCCGAGCUCAGUGAGAUGAUCGCGGGGGACUGGCUGGAGGCGAACUUUUCAGACCUAGUUUUCACUUACUAACUGACAAACUCCUCCAUGACCAAGGAGGCAUUGCGCAUCUUCAGGUUAUUUUUUGACUCUGCCUCGGUGGUUGUCCCAGAGGAAAGUGCGUUACGAGACGUGUAACGUUAAGAAAAAAGUGACAACAUGGUCCAAACAUUGACUGUGCUGUGUGUGUAUGGCAAGCUCUUUUAACAUUUACUCCUCGAAACUGCAUGGUAUGGUUUUAUUUGACCAUCACUAAAAUGCUAAUGAAUUACACACUAGGACUUAUUUUAUUUCUUUAGGAAAAUUACUUUAUUAUUUUGCUGCUAUUCACUAUCACUUAUGGCAAGUAAUUCUUCUGCUAUUCAUUUUAACAAAUUGUAACGUGUUUUCCCAGCUGGUUUAAAUGUUAUUGCUGGUAUAUUCUCCAAUUUUGCCUGUACCUAAUACUACUACUAAUAAUCCAUUCAAUUUUGUACUAAUAUAGUAUAGUGACCUGAAGAAUUAAAUUAGUGUAUUAUAUAAAUACAUUUCUAGUAAAAUUGAGACUCUAACCACUAUCGAAUCACUAAUAAGUACAAGUCACUUGAAGAAAAAUGGAUGCCAGUUAGUUAAAAAGCAGUAAAUGUUAAAGUAGCUUGCCAUAAUGUGUGGUUAUUCUGUCGGGUUGCAGUGAAACUGCUUAAACUGUGGUGGAGCGCAAAAUGUAAAAUCUGAACUAUGCAUUCCCAUCCCACCCGUAUCUCUACAGGGAGCUGGCAAAUGGCUGCUUGACUGAAUGGAGGCAAUUCUGAAACACUGUUCAGGAUGGAACUUUUUCUGAGGUCUUAUGUAAUUUCUGUACGCCACAAAUGUUUCUUUUUUUCUAUCCGGUUCAGUAUGGGAAUAUUUUAAGCAGAUAACCACUCUAGAACACACAGGUAUGGCAGGAAGCAUUUUGAUACAUGACCAACAUACCUCAUCUUUUUAAAAAAAAAAAAGUAAAAUAUUUUCUGGCAUAUUUUUGUACAGUUAAAGGGAAUGUUCUUACUGUGCUUUAAGUGAGGUUUCUUCAGGCACUUCAACCCGGUUUCAUUUGUAAAAGCAUGCAAGAAUUAAACUGAGAAGUCAACUUGCAUUUAAAUGCCUGGCUAUUAUUUUACUCAAGGCAAAUGUACAGCUGUAGAUCUGAAACGUUUCUA